UCACAACGAGCCGGCUCGAUCUACAACACGGAUGUUAUUUUAUCCUUUAUAUUUAUUUAUUUACAUUUAAUUAAAUAAUUUGUAAAUACACGCAAUUAUUUAUUGACCCGCAAACGGUCACCCCGCGAAAUUUGAAUUUAAAUAGCCAGUGGAUUAAAUUUAUAUAUUAAUGACAUUUUUAAUUAAAUUUCCGUAAUUAACAGAGAUUUUAAAAUUUAACAACGUGUUAUUUUAUCAUUAAUUAGAUAAACUGUGACUUGUCAUAAGUAUAUUUUAUGUUAAAAUGUUUUAUGAAUUGUGGAAAUUAAGAGGGAAGUGAUCUGUUUUAAAAGAGGUUUUGUGAUAUGUUAACCGAGGACAAUGACCCAACGAAACCGGCAGGGGUUUUAGACAAUACUGGAAAUGUUUCGUCGUCGACGGAAAGUACGGGCCAACACCCUCGGGUUAACAAUGAAACUGAAGUGAAGAAUGAGGUACAAGAAUGCCCGGACAAUGAAAAUGUACCAGGCAGUGAAUUGUAUGUCGAUGAAAAUAUUGAAGAUAAAGAACAGGAGUAUCCUGAUUCUAUGGAAAAGUCUGACUAUAGUACUCUAUAUGGAGCUAAUCAGUAUUACAACAGUUUGUAUAAUUCUCCAAGUUAUGGAUCAGUUACGAAGAAUUCAUCAAGCUUACAAAGCUCUUAUUUAAGUUCAUACACAACACCAAGUCCAAUGACGCAGUAUGCCUCCUAUCCUGGUUACAACAGCAGUAGUUCAACUUUUUCACCAGUUGGACAAAACAUAUCCUCGGCCUCACAAAAAUUAGACUACAGCGCGUACAGCAGCACCUGCCUCUACGGAAACGAUCGAAUGCCGCUUCAGUAUUCCGGAUAUUAUCCAGUGCCAGGAUAUCAUACGACGUCAUCGUCAUUCAAUCUCGGAAACCUUAAUUUUACAGAUUCAAAUAAAGCGAGCAGUCUUGUGCUAGAUUCGGCAGCUCAUGAUGUCAAUGACUUGACGACGCGCGAUGCAAUAGAAGGUAAAAAUAAGAAAAAGAUGGAUAGAACAAGCGCAUCAGCGAAACCCUGUAGACGCGGAAGACGUCAGAGCGGAAGCGGAAACAGUAUUGGAUCUGCGGAUACUACUGAAGGCGGUACGGAUCGUAUAUUCAUAUGGGAUCUUGAUGAAACCAUAGUUGUGUUUCAUUCCCUACUCACUGGACAGUUUGCCACCAAACAUGGCAAGGACCCAGCGUUGUUAGCACAGCUGGCGUACAGGAUGGAAGAAAUGAUAUUCAAUUUGGCAGACACACAUUUCUUCUUCAAUGACGUUGAGGAUUGCGAUCAAGUUCAUAUAGAUGACGUAUCAUCAGACGACAACGGCCAAGAUUUGUCAUCGUACAAUUUUUCAGCAGAUGGAUUUCAAUGUGCGUCUGCAAAUAAUGGAAUUUGUUUGGCUUCUGGCGUACGCGGCGGUGUCGACUGGAUGCGAAAGCUGGCCUUUCGUUACAGAAAAAUAAAAGAAACAUACAGCAAUUGUAGAAACAAUGUAGGCGGUUUAUUGGGAGCUAAACGCGAACAGUGGUUACAAUUGAGAUCGGAGAUUGAACUUCUCACUGAUAACUGGCUUACAUCCGCAGUUAAGUGUCUCAGUCUCAUCAGCAAACGCAGCCACUGCGUAAAUAUACUUGUAACAGCUACACAACUCGUUCCAGCAUUAUCUAAAGUAUUAUUAUUUGGAUUGGGAGGUCUUUUUCCUAUUGAAAAUAUUUAUUCAGCAACUAAAAUUGGAAAAGAAAGUUGUUUUGGUCGUGUGGUAGCUAAAUUCGGGCGGAGGUGCACUUACGUAGUCAUCGGCGAUGGUUCUGAUGAAGAAACAGCAGCACGAGCGCACAAUUUUCCAUUCUGGAGAAUAAACAGUCACUCGGAUACCCAAGCUCUCUAUAAUGCUCUUGAAAUGGGCUUUCUUUAAUAUAAAAAAAUAUUCAGACGAAGAAAAAAAAAUUAUAAAUCGUCGUUAAAUCUCAACUUAUCGUCAUUCCUACUUAGCAAUUAGUUAAUAAAAUAAAUAAUAAAACUUAAUUACAUAAAGUAAUAUUAAUUAAUUAUUAAUUAAAUAAGUAGACAAUUUAGUGUAAAGUCGAUCAUCAUAAAAAAGUAAAACAUGGCCAAUAAUUAAAUUUAUUUAAUGAUCGAUUUAUAUUCAGGGUCCACGAGUGUUUAAAUAAAUAAAAUAUGAAAUUUUUAAAAAUAAAAUCAAACAUGAUAAUUAAUUAUUAAGCUAAAGUAUUUAAGUGGAAAAUUUUAUCUAUUGUAUUUUAAAAGACUACUGUCAAUUGAUAUAUUAGCGAGCUUCUACAUGUGUAUAGAGAUUAUAAAUUUUAUUAAUAAGUAUAAUUAUCAUGAUAGAAAAAAAAAAUGAUCUUGAAUGUACUUAAUAAUGAAAAUAAGAUAUGAGUGCAACGAAUUUUUUUAAGUAAUUAAAUUUUUUUUAUUAAAUUCUUGAUACUCAAGUUAGCUGACGUCUAAUAAUUUUUGGAUUUUUUUUAAAAACAAAUUUUUAAAAAAUUCACCUACGGCUUUUUUAAUUUUCUACAUGCAUAUUUUUAGUUUUUUUUUUUUUUGCAAUAAACUGGAAAAAAAAAUCCGAAAAUUUUUAAAUGUCUUCUAACUUUAGGAUCAUUAAAUUCUAUACCUGAUAGC